AUGAUAAAAAGUUGGGCUGCACUUGCAAAAGCAGCAGAAAUAGAAUCAUCAUCAUCACCCAAUAACAAUAAGAAGAAGUGCCAAUUCCCAACUUUUAAAUUCCCAAAUUCACCCCAACUUAUUCCAUUCCACGCCAAUUCCCCGUCUCCGGCAUCUCAUUCUCUCCGUCACAGCCCGUCCCUUCUUCCUCCGUCGCCGAUGGACGCCGUUAAAGGAAAAAUCGUUCCCGAGGAGAAUACCAGGCUUAUCUUCACCUACGGCACCCUCAAGCGCGGAUUCUUCAACCACAAAUUGAUGGAGGAACUCUUCUCCACCCGUGACGCUUCCUUCGUCGGAGAAUACACCACCGUUGAAUCCUUCCCGCUCGUUGUCGGGCCUUUCGGAAUCCCUUUUCUGAUUAAUUUAAAGGGUUUGGGCCAUCGCGUUUCCGGCGAGCUUUAUGCCGUGUCGGGUCGCGGUUUAGCCCGGCUGGAUGAGUUGGAAGGGAUUACCACCGGACAUUACGAGAGGCUUCCGGUGGAGGUGGUGGAUUGCGACGGAGUAGUGGUGGCUACGGAGGUUUAUUUCGCUCACCAUGGAUUUGGGGAAGCCAUGUGGAAGAAGUCAGGGGAGGUGGCGUUGAGAGAAUACACCAAGGAGAUGAGAGCCCGGUAUGUGAAACGGGCUGAUAGGCCUAAGGACAUUAAGUUUAUUGAUCAAGUUUGGAAAUUUAUUUCAAGUGUAAAUUGA